CUUGUGAGGGGGAAAACUUUAAGGACAGGGAAAAAAAAGCUAAAUCACGGAAGAGAUUCUGCAGUCCUACUAGUUUGGCAAGUUCUUUGUACUCUGGCAGCGUAGAACGGCGGAGAAGACAGAAACCCUCCUUUGCGCACAUUUUUAUACACUUCUCUUUUCCCGCAGACGGUAAACGAGAGGAGUCAUGGAGGCUGCCAUUCAGACCAUGGUGAAGGUCUACCUCAAGUCGAGCAAGGGAAAGGAAAGUCUAGGAAAGAAAGAAUUCCAAAAGCUGGUCUCAGGCGAGCUCGGCAACAUCCUUUCGGAUGCAGACAGCAAGGAGGCAGUCGACAAUAUGAGUCAGGGACUGGAUGCCAAUCAGGAUGGCAAAGUUGGCUUUGAGGAGUACAUGAAGCUAGUUGGCUACCUGGCGUGCUCGCUCAGUGAGCAGCGCAGCCUUGCCAAAGAGGAGCCUGCAAAGAAUGAUGCAUCUGGACAAGUGGUACAAAGCACCCCCAAUAAAGAGGAGGGGAAGCCCGAGGCGAAUGCAGAGUCAAAGGAGGAUGCAAAGCCGAAGGAAAAUGAAGAACCAAAGGCAGCCGCAACUGCCGAAGUGAAGGUGGAAGCAACAGCAGGUGAAAAGGUAAAGGCAGAGGUAGAAGUUAAGGCGAAAGGGGAGUCAAAGCUCGAGAAAGCAAAGGAGGAAGCAGCAGCAGCAACGGCGGUGAUCGUCGCAGCAGGGGUAGAAAAGACGGAGAAAGGAGAAGAGAAGGUGGAAGAAACAAUAAAGGUGGAAGAAGCUGCAGAGAAGCCGCCAGCUGCUGUGGAAGAGAAAGUGGAGAAGAAGACAGAGGAGGCCACUUCAUAGGGAACAAUCCAUUCUGUCACAAAAAAAUAAAUGACACUACACAAUUUGAUACUACAGAAAACAUAACAUUAAUGCCAAAAUAAGUAAGAAAGUCACUUUUUCUUUUUUUUAUUAACAGGCAAAUUUUAAAUACUAAAGUACAAUAAAAGUUUAAAACACUACAAAACAGUUCUGAAAAAAUACUAUUCCUUAUACAUAUGAUCAUGUACAUGACAGUAGAAUUAUUGCUUGCUAGUUACCACUAUGUUCAUAUGUACAGCAUGUGCAUCCCACUAUUUAGCACAUUUACCUCAUUAUGAUGACAUACUAUGAUAGCAUGCACUUGUACGCUAUAAUGUGCAUGCAGUAUCCCUGUGGAAACUUUUAUUUGUCUGCACACUAGACUGAAGUGUCUAAACAAACUACUGCAGACAAGAUUCUUCCCAUGCUUUUUGCAAUUACAUCUUUCUCUGGGUGUCUUUGACAGAUAUGGCACACACUUUCUGCCCAGUCGUAGGCCAUGGGUGCUAGAUGAAACUUCAGUUGUAAAGAUCUUGCAAGACUAUUAUGGUUUCAAGGAAAAGUCUGAUCUUUUGAGAGUUUAGUAGCCAGGAUAUAGAUGAGAAGACUGGAACUGCUUUUAAAUACAGCUUUAAAAAAAAGUUGCAAAAAAGACUCAGUCUAGUCUGAACCUUUAAAAAUGUCAAUAUAUUCCUUACUGAGUGCAUCAAUUUUAUGUUUUUUUACAUUCCUUUAACUUGGUGCUAUGGCAAAUUUAGCAUGACAAUAAACAAACUGUUUUGCUUUAGCUUAGAUAGAUUCGUGUGCUCUCAUGUCCCUUCCUCUCGCUCUUGCCUUCUUGGUCUACUAAGUGGGCAUUCUCCCUUUUUUUUUUUUUUUUUUUAUAGUUUAUUGGGCACCCACAGUAUGUCCUUCUCACUCAAACUCAUCCAUGAAUUAGGAGCUGAAAGAUCAGGCGUGACCCUUGGCUAAAUAAUUUAAGCACAAGGAUGGAAUGUACACCUAAACGACCAUUAUCCUUAAACAGGGAGACCAAUAUUGUCCCAUGGGAGUGGGAUAUAGGUGAGGCAGGUCAGAGUAGAAGUCCAUGCAACCUAAUCUGCCUGAUUAUACAUGGAAGAAAAUAACAAGACCAUAAAGCACCAAGAAGCUAAAAAGGUGUUGGAAUUUUUUUCUUUUUCUUUUUUAAAUAUAUUUUGCAUCCAAAACCAUAAAGCCUCUUGUUAAAGCCACACGACAAAACAGAAACCUGGCCUUUUGUUUUUGAGGUUUCCUUUAAAAAUGAAUCAUUGUAGUUUGUUGGUUUCAGCACCAGCUGUUGGGGCUUAUGUUUGUUGGUCACACCUUCAUAUGGUUUUAAAGUCCCUGUUUGACCUGCAAUUGGAUCCUUGGGCAUUAGGCAUUGGGAAACUACUGGAUUAGGCAUUUCAUGAGUAACACACCCUGGGACACAAACAAUUGCAUGAAAGUAAUCCCAGGCUUCAGUUGGGAUGUGAAGUUGGUAACUUUGCUGUCAAAAGUUCUGCUUUUGUUAAGCAAGCAAUAUUAUUGAGCCUUACAUGUUGCAUGCUAUCUGGAACUUAUUUGGUAGAUCUAGAUAUUACCAUUUUGUUCCUGUUAUUAUGGCCUUUAUUUAAAUCCUACUUGGCCUCUUUAUUUUUAACUUUAAAAGCGUAAUCUAAUUUUUGUUUGGACCACUAUGGAGAUCACUUGAAAAGGUGCUUCUUUUUGCACAUUCUAUGCUGUUCAUUCAAUUAUUUGUGCCGCCGUAAGAAAAGGGCUUAUCAUGUGUCAAAAUUUCACCUGCAGAGUGCAGACAUUUUGGUCACACAACCAAAACGUACCACCUGUAAGAGCACCUGGCCAUACAAACUGCUCAACAGCGAAAUGGGCAAGACAAAUAAGCACGGUCCAUGUGAUCAGCCUGCCAAACUGUGACACUCCCAUUGUAAAUAGUCUCAUUUCCACAUACUCUGCUCAGUCUUUACACUCUCAGUAAGCCAUGCUUCCUGCAUUAGCCCUUACUAACAAACUUACUGGAGACUGUGGGCUUUUUGGACUUUGUUAAAUACUGUUUCUUGUGUUAAAUUUUUUUACAUUUUAUAACACUUUUUGGUACUUCCUGUGAAUAAUGCAAAAAGUCUCUCAGUCUCUUGCACCAUCUACAGUCAGCUUCCUGUUUAACAGUGUAUCAUCCUAGCCCUUGUAGGUCUGCGGUAGCUGUAUUAAUAUGCAAUAGGAUGGUUGAAGCAAAAUCUGCUUAACUGAUGUGUUAAAAUGACUAAACUUGCACUACUAUGAGAUUCAUUCCUAUUAUCAAUGUAAGAAUAUGUAAGAACCUGGAGUAAACAUCAUCUGGAAAGUGUUUAUCAGAGAUAGUCCUUUAUUUUGCCAUAUUUGGAAUAGCACAGAGACCAAUGAGAGCUUUGUUUUUACUGAUAGAGGUUUAACCAUCUUCUUUAACAGAUCUGUUGUUGUUUCAUAGUGUUAACCCCCAUCUACAGCUUUGACUUGUAUUAAAAAAUUAAAGAUACGCUGGAUUUUUAGCACAGCAGAGUUGUGUCGAGUCCCAUUGCCCUACAACACAUGUAAUUCAUUCUGAGAUGCAGUAGAUAAAGUUAAAAGAUAGUAAUCCCAAACUGGAUUUAACAAAUGCACAUACAAGUAUAUGGAUGUACUUUUAAGGCUCACAGGGUCAAAAAUGUUUGUGAUUAUGGGACCAUUCCAUGAAUGCUAUGCAGGCUCUCUGUUUAUUUACUGCCAAGUACAAGAGAGUGUGUGUGUUUAGCAGCUGGACUCAUGUCAGUCUCUUGUCAUGUCCAAUAACCUUCACUGUGCUAAUUUUUCAUAAGUAAAGCUGUAUCAUGUUUUGCUUAAUCUAUGUAAUGGCUUAUAUAGAAUAAAACUGUGACAAUAA